AUGCGGGGGAGGCCGAGCCUGGGCCGCGCGCGAAGAGACCUCGCGGGCGGGGAGCAAAAGGCCGACGUGAGUGAGCGCGGAGACAGUGGGCCCGACCCGUCCGUCCCCUCGGCCGCCGCCGGCGGGAGCCACAGCCGGAUCCCGCCGGGGCUCACGGAGCUGCUGCGGGGCUACACCGCGGAGGUGCUGCGACAGCAGCCGCCGGACCUCGUGGGAUUCGCAGUGGACUACUUCACCCGCCUGCGCGACGCCCGCGCCCCCCCACGCCGGAGCCCGGGCCACACCGCGCCAGAGCCCGGCCCGGACCACGUCGCCGACCCCAACGGGGACAGCGAGUCGGAGGAGGACGAGGACUUGGACGUUCCUGGCACCUUUAAUAGACGAGUAUCCGUCUGUGCUGAGACCUGUGACCCUGAUGAGGAAGCAGAUACAGAUCCAAGGGUGAUCCGUCCUAAAACUGAUGAACAGAGACGCAGACUUCAGGAAGCUUGCAAAGAUAUUCUCCCUUUCACAAAUCUUGAUCAGGAACAGCUUCUUGAUGCCAUGUUUGAAAGGAUAGUCAAAGCUGAUGAGCAUGUCAUUGACCAAGGAGAUGAUGGAGACAACUUUUAUGUCAUAGAACGGGGAACUUUUGACAUUUUAGUAACAGAAGAUAAUCAAACCCGCUCUGUUGGUCGAUAUGACAACCAUGGCAGUUUUGGAGAACUGGCUCUAAUGCACAACACCCGGAGAGCUGCUACCAUUGUUGCUACCUCAGAAGGCUCCCUUUGGGGACUGCACCGAGUGACUUUUAGAAGAAUCAUAGUGAAAAAUAAUGCAAAGAAGAGGAAGAUGUUUGAAUCAUUUUUUGCAUCUGUGCCCUUCCUUAAAUCACUGGAGUUGUCAGAACGAAUGAAGAUUGUGGAUGUGAUAAGAGAGAAGAUCUAUAAGGACGGAGAACGCAUAAUCACUCAGGGUGAAAAGGCUGAUAGCUUUUACAUCAUAGAGUCUGGUGAAGUGAGCAUUUUGAUUAGAAGCAAGACUAAAUCAAACAAGGAUGGUGCAAACCAGGAGGUCGAGAUUGCCCGUUGCCAUAAGGGGCAGCACUUUGGAGAGCUUGCCCUGGUCACCAACAAACCCAGAGCUGCUUCAGCUCAUGCAGCUGGAGAUGUCAAAUGCUUAGUUAUGGAUGUACAAGCAUUUGAGAGGCUUCUGGGGCCCUGCAUGGACAUCAUGAAGAGGAACAUCUCACACUAUGAGGAACAGCUGGUGAAGAUGUUUGGCUCCAGCAUGGAUUUGGGCAACCUCGGGCAGUAGGUGUGCCA